AGUUCACCGCGUUUAUUCUUCCUUCUCUGGCGACUCUUACUUCCGCUGGCAAUGACGAGCUAAAGAGGAGCAAAUAUACGGUUUUCUCAAAACAGAGAGAUGCAGUAAAUUUCUUACAAACAGAUCCGAUCUCUUCGAAUAGCUCUGAAGAAAAUGACGCGUAAAUAUCUACAAUAAACGGUAAGAUAUCUAUGUACGAGGUUGCAAACACGCGGGCGAAUUAUAGGACGAUGAAGUGACGUAACAACGCAUUUGAAAGAUUCAAUUUUAUUGUCGGGGUUCGCUAGAUUAGUAGCAAAGCAGUAGGUCGAUUAGAUGUCCUAUGUAUUAUUUACGUAAUGUAAGUCUUGCUAAUGACUCUGAUCGACCAGACAAAUUGUCAACUGGCACAGAAUGAUUUCUAUUUAUUUCUUUUCACAGAAAGUAUGAUUUUCAAGUAUUCGUUUUAUUUGGUAUGCUGAAAAACACGAUUAAGCCGAUCUUUGGAAGGAUGCUCUCGCUACCGAUUGUUUGGCUGUCUCUCGUGCCAUGAAAUUGAAGAAUUCUAAAUUUGAGUGUUGGCAAGACUGUUCCUUGUCCUCUAUUGUAUCUAGGUGCCUACGUUCCUGGUUAGAGGAGGAACUUGAAGCUCGCGGUAUUGAUUCUGUAGUAUACGGAAGACAUAUUGUAAAAUUGUUACUGAAUGAAGAAUACGACUCCAAAGGUGAAGGGAAGCAGGACGUAUUGGAUAUCUUAAAAGCCGCGGUCGACUCAUCCGUCGACGUCACAGACCUAGUUAAGUUCGUCGACGAAUUACAGUCAAGAAUUUGGACGGUUGUGAAGUCGGAGGACCAGAGCGACAGCGGAAUAUCCGCCCAAGACGCGAGCUCGGAGGAUGACGAACAGUACUCAUCAGCUUUUCCACCACUUCCCAGAAAAGCUGAUGAUGCCGCCACAAACAAAAGUUUAUCAAAUGCCCAAUGGCGUCCGCCUCCAAAGGCAGACACUAUACCACCGUUUAUCGUCGCCCGUUUGUCGGAAGAAAGGGAUAUGGAAGAAGCAGUUGUAACUCGCCGCCGACCAGUUUUUCUAACAACUAACAGCAAUCUUCCUGAGCCCUUGAACUUACCGCCCGACGACGACAAGCUGGGUCUUCAAAAUCUUCAAAUAACUCUAGGCAGUGAGGACAGAGGUUUAAAGGAUAUUGUUGACUUCGUUCUAGAAGACGACAAAUCGGAAGUGGUGAGCGUUCCUGAACCAAAGCGACCUAUUUGCACCUACGAAAAGCCAUUGAUAUUAGGUAAUUUCUCCCAUUCAGCGGCUUUUGAAUUAGGAAAUUCGGAAGUUUGGUCGUUGAAAGCGGGUGCGGUUGAAGACGGUUGGCGUCCCAAGAACGCCUCUUGGCUACACACAUCCGUCAACUCGGCUUUCUCGUCUUUUUCGCGUACCGAAAAUUUUACGGAAGUGAAAGCUUCUUCUUUUGUCCCGUUUACGUUCAAUAAGCACGAAACUACCUUUAGACCAAUAAAGGAAAGAGAUGAUGACGAGAGUACGCCGAAGCCUGGUCAGCAAUACUAUCAGUAUUCGGACAAUCUGUACGCACCCCAAUUUAAAUUGUUUGGAAAUUCUCUUACUGAUGCUCCCCCUCCAUCUCCCGCCGAAAGUGAAAUAUCGAUGGAACUUGGAGCGGAGGCGAGUUGGUGGAGUAAUGGUAAAGCUUCACCAUGUAGCAUGGAGGUUGGGCAGAAUUUUCUAAAAAACUACACUGAACCGAUCUGGGCGGGUCGGAAGGAGGAGAAGACCAAUAAACCAUGUCAAUUUUUCAUGGAAGGAAAUUGUACAAUGGAAAAUUGUAAAUUUGAACAUGAUUUGUCCAAAAUUGUUUGUCGCUACUGGUUGAAGGAAAGUUGUUUUAAAGGUUGCUUUUGUCCGUUCAAGCACUCGCUUGAUGUUGAUGGAGAGAGAAGGGAUGCGGGUGAUUGA